AUGGAGCACGAAUAUAUUCGUCUUAUCCUUAACUCCCCAUCCAUCCAGGACGACGUGCUAAGGCACCUCACCGCACGCUUCACGACCGCCACGUGGAUAACCGAUGGGGAACCCAUGGGGAGUCCUUUUCUGCUUGGAUCCCUGGAGCUCCCCUUACCCCCAUGCGACUCUGCCGCGGCUUUUCCUCAGGUUGAAACCCCCCCUCCAUUGGAUCUCCUUCCCUGCCAAGAGAGCCGUCUCGUGGGGUUGGAUAGGACGAGAUUGAAACCCCAUCGAAUCCCCCCAUUGGCCUUUACCCAGACGGCUCGAAGCCCUCCCAGGGGAAACGGCGCCGCGGGAAUCGGCCGGGAGGACCCCCCUUCCCCCAUCCCCCUUACCUUGGAUGGGUUUGAGGUGAUGCGGGUCUCCCCGAUCCUAGGGGAGGUUCUCGUUUGUCAACCCAUCUCGCGGUUUCUCGAGGGGCUGGAGGCCGGACUCUUGGAGGGGCUCGCCGCGGCGGCCUCGGCCUUUCUUCAGAUGAAACGGAACCCCCCUAAGGCGGAAGGGGAUGACCGUUUCGGUAAGGACGAACUCGGCAGGAAAAGGGCGGCGACGGCGUCACGUUCAGGGGGCGCCAUGGAAAACGCGUUUUCGCAAUGGCCCCUUCAGGCCGUGCGGGCCGUCGCGGCGCGUGGGGUGGCGAUGAAACUCCUCCUAUGGAGGAGGCAGUUUCCCCACUUCUUCGCCGCCGUCGCCGCGCUGGUUUCCCCGUUCCCGCCUUCGUUCCCGGCGGAUCCCGCGUUGCUUCGGGGAGUGCGGGAUCCGCCUCGAGGGAGGCCGGGGUCGCCAUGGGGGGGGUACCCCAUCGACCGUUUCCUCGGCGUCGCCUCUCACGUCCAGUUGAUGGGGGUGGUGGAUGGGAUUUUCUACCCCACCCGCCACGCCGCGUGGCCGACGCCGUGGAUUACCUUGUUGAUCGCCCGAUCGAGCCUUCCGGGGGAUCGAGGGGGGGAAGGGGCGAUCCCGGAGCGCGUGCGUCGCGUCGUGGAUGUGGGUUCGCUCCCAACAGGGGUGCAACAUCGCGUGGGGGUGAUCGGCCAGGUCGUCGAGGUCGUCGGACGUCUCGUCGUGGCGUCGACGGCGGUCUUUCCUGCCGGGGUUUCCCGUCGUCGCCCGACCUCCCGGGCUCACGAGGAUCCCCAAUCCGAGUACUUGGAGGCGAGCAUGGCGAUGGUGGGGAUGGGGCGGGUGGAGUUGGAAACCCUUGCCAUGCGCGGCAUCCAGGCCUCGACGGUCCCGCCCCCCGAGCUUUCACGGGAAGGCAAUCGGGAGGGGCUAUCGGUGGCAUCGGAGCGGCAAGCCACGGUGCUGUCGAUGCGAAUUUGGGAGGGCGCCCGGCUCGCCCUAGGCCUGGAACCCAUCCCACCACCGGCGCGCGAGGGGGCGCUUUGGGGAACGGAUUUUUUGUUCAUCUCACUGGAUGCCGUGGUGGCGCUUUUGAUCACACUUUUUUCUGCCCAGUCGGUUGACGAAGAUACGUGUGAGGUAUCCCUGCUGCUGAUUGACGAGGCUGCCACGGCGGUUGGCUUUAUGCCUGGUGUGCUGCGGCGACUGAGGGCCGCCACAACGAGCGCGACGAUCGAGAUCCCUCCAGGGGCGUUGAGUCGGGCCCGUCCGUCUUUUUUUCUUCCAAGCUAUGAGGUUCUUCGAGGUCCCGGACGCGUGGCGUUGGAGGUCCCUGCGGAACCACCAACCUCCUCCAUGAGGCGACCAAAGUUCGCGCGCGGCCAGUCAGAGGACGGUCCUUUCCCUGGUACCCGUCGCCACCCUUCCCCGCCUCAUCCCGUUGAGAAGCCUCAACCUCCCGCACGCUAUGUGGAGGAAAUACGGGGUGGUAUCCUCAAUCAUGCCCAUCACCGUGCGAUCAUUGCUCAAGGAGUCGAAUCCGCGUCAGGGGGAACGCUGCGGCUACUUCAGGAGGUUCUCUGUGGACGACCGAUUUACCAUACGAUGCCAUUCGCGAACGCCGUGAAUCCGAGUUGUGGAAUGAAUCUACCGCCCCUUAACCCUUCUUCCGCCGGGGAUCCUCCCUGUCCGACGGAGCAAACGAUCCAGCGGGUUGGGGGGCAAAGCGUACCCUAUUAUACCGCACACGCCCUGGUGGGCACCAUCCGAGAGGGGCGCGAGAUGCUGGAAAAAGGCGCGGUCUUUGAGUUCGCCCAGCAUAUGAACGUGGUGAUUCGGCCGGACCUCGACGUCGCGCGGAAGACGAUCGCGCUCGACGGUAGCGCUAGCGUGGAACUUCAAACCCUCUUUCGGCGUCGUGGUGGGCAGUGGCUAAACCUUCUCGGGAAGGCGCUGGAGUGGCCGCACAGCGAGACUUUUCUCGGGAGAUCCGCCCCCUUUGAUACGUCAUCCGUUAUCCCCGAAGAGGUGCCGGUCCUCUCGACGUCUGCCGCGCUCUACUGGAUCUACACGGCGCCGCGGCUCAGUCAGACAUGUGGGGAUCUCCUCCGCAGCUACUUUCUGGCGGCGAAAAGCGUCUGCGGGGAGGCGGUGGAUGCCAGCAUGAUGGAGACGCUCGUGAAGCUCACGGCGGCGCACUGCCAGAUGCGAACCCGCUGCACCUAUUAUUAUUACCUUUCACUAAUCCACCCUACGCCGGAGGGUGAAGGCCCGGCGGCGAACCGCCCACCUCACCGCUGCGUGGAGGCCGCCAGCGUCUUUCGCGGGCUCGCCGCCGGCCCCCCUAUCACCGCGUUGGUGGAUGCGGUCGCCGCCAUUGGGCUCUGCGAUAGCACGCUUCACUUUUUCACCCAACAUUCCCUCCUUGAACGGUGCGUGUUCGAACUGCUGGACCGAGAAAUCCACGAUAUGGACCGCGAGAUGGGGAAAGGCAGCGGUGUGGGGAGCCCGAUUUCCUCACUGCUGCUCUCCAUGAAUGCCGCAACCAGAAUAGCUCCGCUUCAAUCCAGUCCCGAGCCGUGCGGCUCAGCUGCCGUGCAUUCUCAUUUUCCCAUUGAUGAAUUUGUGGCAGAUUUGGAAGCUCAUUUGAACGCUAUACUCUGCAGGAGCAUGCAACGAUGA